AGCAUCAGGCAGUCCCGUGAAACAUUUGCGUGGGAGUUCCCUUCACCGCCAUGUCGGGAUAGUGCACAUCUCUCUCUCUCUCUCUCUCUCUCUCUCUCUCUCCCCCCUCUCUCUCUCUUCCUCUCUCUCUCUCUCUCUCCGUGCAUCCUCCCCCACAUUAACAGCUUAGCACAGCAGCAGCAUCAGCGGCUCCUACAGCAUCCAGCAUCCAUCCCUGCCCGCCCGCCCGCCCGCCUCUCUGCCUGGGGAGCAGCAGUCCUACCCGGCGCAGCACCAACGCACGGAGGGGGCGCAUCAUCUAAGUGAUGCCACAGCACCAGUCGCAUUUCAGCAACAAAUACUGAGAGUAGACCCCAAAAGGAAGGGAGAGAGAAAAACGCUUCAGCCACGAAGACAGCAACUGCCCAUGAAGAUGUCUAACGCUGACAUCGCCUUAAACGCCACCGAUCGGAUGGUGAAAUCUGUCCCCUUCCCCUUGAGCCACCGCCUUACAUUGAAGGAAGUGUUUGACUGCGAAGGGAAACCUCGCGUGGAUCUCCUGAAGGCCCACCUCACCAAGGAGGGCCGCGUAGAGGAAGCCGUGGCGCUUCGGAUCGUCAACGAGGGAGCAGCUAUCCUGCGUCAGGAGAAAACUAUACUGGACAUCGAGGCACCAGUCACAGUGUGUGGUGACAUCCAUGGGCAAUUCUUUGAUCUUAUGAAGCUGUUUGAAGUGGGAGGAUCACCAGCCACAACACGGUACCUGUUCCUGGGGGACUACGUUGACCGCGGCUACUUCAGUAUUGAGUGUGUUUUAUACCUCUGGUCGCUGAAAAUCCUCUAUCCAAAGACAUUAUUUUUACUUCGUGGAAAUCAUGAAUGUAGACAUUUGACAGAAUAUUUCACCUUCAAACAAGAAUGUAAAAUCAAGUACUCAGAGCAGGUCUAUGACUCAUGUAUGGAUGCAUUUGACUGCCUUCCCCUGGCUGCACUCAUGAACCAACAGUUUCUGUGUGUCCAUGGUGGACUCUCACCUGAAAUCCACACCUUAGAUGACAUUAAAAAGUUGGAUCGGUUCAAGGAGCCUCCGGCUUUUGGGCCCAUGUGUGACCUGCUGUGGUCUGAUCCUCUGGAGGAUUUUGGCAACGAGAAAACCCAGGAAUAUUUCAGCCACAACACAGUGCGAGGCUGCUCCUACUUCUACAGUUACCCAGCUGUAUGUGAGUUCCUACAGAGCAAUAACCUAUUAUCAAUCAUCCGAGCACAUGAAGCACAAGAUGCAGGCUACCGGAUGUACCGUAAAAGUCAGACCACUGGAUUCCCAUCUCUCAUUACCAUCUUCUCAGCACCAAACUACCUGGAUGUUUACAACAACAAAGCUGCUGUACUGAAAUAUGAAAAUAACGUCAUGAACAUCCGACAGUUCAACUGCUCACCCCAUCCCUACUGGCUGCCCAACUUCAUGGAUGUCUUCACCUGGUCUCUGCCAUUUGUUGGAGAGAAAGUCACAGAAAUGCUGGUGAAUGUGCUGAGCAUCUGUUCUGAUGAUGAACUCAUGAAUGAUGAAGAUGAGAUCUUUGAUGCCAAUGCAGCUGCAGCACGCAAGGAGGUGAUCAAAAACAAGAUCCGUGCUAUUGGGAAAAUGGCCAAAAUGUUCUCAGUUCUCAGAGAGGAGAGUGAAAAUGUGUUGACGCUUAAGGGCCUGACGCCCACUGGCAUGCUGCCGAGUGGGGUUCUCUCUGGAGGCAGACAGACACUGCAGAGCGCCACCAUUGAAGCCAUUGAAGCCAUCGAGCCGAAUGAAGAAGAAGCCAUCCGUGGGUUCUCCCCCCAGCACAAGAUCACCAGCUUUGAGGAGGCUAAGGGCCUUGACCGCAUCAACGAGCGCAUGCCACCUCGCAGGGACGGGGUGAACCAUGUGGGUCACUCCAUGGGAAAGAUGAAUAUGUCAGAGGAAAACGGCACGGAUGACAACAGCAACAUCCAGUGAUGUCUGAGCCUCAGAACCGUGCCGCUGUUGUGCUUUGCAGCAAGACAUUGCCAAAUCGGGAAUUCAGGCCUCAGAGCAUAGAAAUAAACCAGGCCCACAGACAGAACAUGAAACCUGCAGCAAAUCUAAAAACGGGCGAAAACGGUCAUUUUUUUCAUGACAGUAUGUCAUCGCACAGUUGGGGGAGGGGGGAGCUGGGGUUCACAGCAGAGGGCGGGGAUAAGGAGAGGCCAGCGGGCUUCAGCUUGACUGGUUGAAAGUUGUUUCUGCCUGUUGUCCCCUUUCUCAGUUCAAUUACAGACUGAAUUGUUGGCGGUUGUGUUGUUCUGAGUGCUGACAAAUGCUCCUUUAUUACAGGGCCUGACAGAAGACAUAAUUGCAGUAUCCAUGCCACACAAAUCAUGUUACUGUUUCAUAAAGUGUUUAUUAUGAAUCACUCACAAAAAUCACUUCAUGAAGAAAUUAAUCUUACAUGUUUACCUACAUUUUUGCUAGUAUUAACCAGUCACGCCACUUUGUGAAAGAUAAAGCAAAAAAGAAAGCAAGCCAAACGUGUACUUCUUAAAACUUGCAGUGCAAUCUUGCCAGUGGACUUAAAUUUAUUGAUUUACCUCGUAGUAAGAUGCCGUCAUGCUGCGAGGGAAAGAGGGCAAGGUGCUCACAGCUCUGGCCUAAACACAAAAGCCAAUGCGGAUCAAACUCCACCUUGGGUAUGUUUCACUACUCUAUAGGACUGCUCCUUUCCUCACCUCCCUCACUAUCAGUCAUCUUCUAGCAGGCAGUAUCUUGGAGGGGAUGAGGGAAGAAAGGGGAGGGGGUGAAAGGAGCAUUAGGAAAAUUUGGUUCCACUGCUUACUGUAGAUGCCUCAGCCUCACAGAUUAAACACCAAGAUUUAACAUCUGCAAAUGUACCCAAAAGGAACACACUGUCCCAUGUGAAGAUGCAACUUCAUCAGCCUCCGUAGGUGAAUCUCAGAGGGUUAUAUUCUCAUCCAGACUAUCUUCAAAGUUACUUUCUUCCUCUCCAUUAAAUGUUUAAGUAGUUCAAAUUAAAGAAGCAUGGCAUUUGAUCAAGCUAUACCUCACACAUGUGGCGUGCUAUUCACUUUCUGGAAAGUAUAAACUCGAGCAUCCUCUGCUGAAGGAGGCUUUGGAUCGUGGGUUUCUCAUCUCUUCUGCUUUGCUACGUUUGGCAACAAAGGCGGCAUUAACAACUGUUUCUGGACAUCAGAAGAGAAGAAGUGAUUUUUGAACUUUGGGACAUACCGUGCUGUCACACACUAUCUGAUUAUUAUCACCUGCUUGUUGCUAAAGAGAAAGUAAAAGAAUAUGUGCAGUCACUCAAGUAUACAUUAGCACCCUUUGAGUUUUUUGCACUUUUUGCUGUGUUGCAAAUUAAAUGAGAUUUCAUGCACAAGAGCUACACAAAGUACGAUAUCAGAGUGAGAAGGAAAUUCUACUAAAUUUGUGAAUGAAUACAAUUAAAUAAUCUUUUGUUUAAAGAGUAUUUAACAACCACACACCAUUGUGUCAUUUGGAAUAAUCAGGCUUGGAUCCAUCCUGAAAUUUAUUUAAGGGAUUUUAAGAAUGAAUCCUGACCAGAUGGGAGUUAAUUAAUGCUAUUUUUGAGUAUAAAUGCAAUUUCAUUUUCAUUCAAAUUGAUUUUAGAUUUUAGAACUCAAAGCUGUCUGAAAUACUUCAUCCUGAAAACUUUGGUUAAUGAAUCGUCCAUAUUGCAUUUAAGUGUGUUAAUCAUAUCUCAUUUAUUGUUUUUCUAUCAAUUUUUCUAAUCGAAUCUAAUUCUAAAGUGCACCCACACUGUGAUUCAACUAAAACAUCUAUUGUCAUGUCCAAUUAUUGUGUCAAAAUACUUUGACGAUAGAAGACAAACCAAAUUAAAACAGGAAGCCACCCGGUUCUUUCAUAACAAAAAAUUCUAGAAAGUCAGUACCAGUGCAGCCCCAACCUUGAGUGACACAUACUAUCACAUAAAUUUCUAGAAUUUCCUUUCAUACAUUAAUAUAUUUUCUACUUUAUAUUCCAUCUUUCUAUUUAAUGAUAAAGGUAUGUGAAAUUAGGAUGGGCAAAAAGUGGUUUUUAACACAGCAUCUAUGGUACGGAACGCAUCAAUGCAUGCAAUUAAGUUCCUAAUUGUAAUGUGAGAUUAUAAUUGUGAUAGUUGUGUUUCAAAUAGUAAACUUGAAUUAUUUUAUUUUUGAAUUAUAUUUGUAGUUUUAUUUGUCUUGUUUUAUAAAUUUUAUAAAUAGGCUUCCUUUGAUUGUUUAUGUCCAUUUUUUCAUUCUGUUAUUUAUUACCACUGCUUUUAAUUUUAUAUUGAUUUAUUGAAUGCAGAGAUGCCCUUCUAAGGUGUGAAGCCUUGUGUUUAUUUUUAUUUAUUUUUCUGUUGUACUGAUGUACAGAAAAUGUUCAAUAGUGUGAAUGAAUAUAAUCUCAGUGAAAAGCAACUUUCAGGCUGCCAAAGCAUGAUAGCAUGGUUUUCAGAUGUAAAUGAAUUGGACACAAAGAAAAUCAUGUGUCGCACUUACGUUUAACAGGAAACAUUGUACUCUGGUUAUAUUUACUGCUGAUAUUAUUAUUGUUACAAUUUAGCUUAUGGUUAUUUUCCUUCCUCUGUUUCUGGUUCUUGUAUGGUCUACAUGCAUAUUUCAACAAACAACUAUAAUGGAUUUUAUCUUGCAACAUUUUUUAUUAUCUAUGGAAAUAUGUUUUCGCAUCUGACUUCCUAAAUGAUACACACAUUGUAAGCAUGCCCUAUGGGACAAAUCACAUUUUUUUACUCUUGAAUAAAAUAUGCAUGAACAAAAA